AUGGCGCCACCCACGUCUCUGUCUUCGCACGAGCGGACACGAGUCGAGGAUUAUCUAAAUGAUAAAAUUCAGAUUUCUGCUGACCUCGAGAGUCUUAACUCGCUGCUGUCAAGUCUUCGCGCGCAACAGGAGCUCCAGCGGAAGCAGCUAACAGAUGCAAACGAAGCUCUCUCAAAUGCGACCAAGGCAUCCGACGACCAUGCCGAAGCUACUCGAAAGCGUGCCGAGGCAUUCACUGCGGAGCAGGCCGACAUUGACCAGCGGCUGAAGGCCAUUACACAAUCGGAGACGAGCGAUGAGGCAGUACGGAAGUUGGAAAAAAGUAUGGAGAGGCUACAGCGCCUGGAGAUCUCUAAGGGAUACGUGGGACUGCUGAAAGAGGCUGAAGGGCUAAGCAAGGAAGCUUUGUCCAGUAUUUCCUCCAACCCGCGCGCUGCCUUGAAACCAUAUUCUCAACUACGCAAUAUCGUGGUAUCGUUGAAAGAAGCACAGCCUGCUGCCGAAGGCGCCGCACCCCACCUGAUCGACUAUACCGAGAAACUAGCGUCCGCGCUGAGAGACCAGUUGAAGAAAUUCUUCGGCGAUCAGCUUCAGAAAACGCUCACGUCCUUGAAAUGGCCAACACGAGAGCUUAAUAUUACGGACAAGUUGUUAGAUCAAUGGAGACAGGAUGUUGAGCUCUUGAUUGAUUUGCAGACACCGUUUGUCUCCCUUCGCCAUUACAACAAGUAUAAUAUUUUUUUUGACAAAGAUUUCAGGGAACUUCCACAUCGCGAUUCAUUGAACGCCAGCCAAACCUUGGAGCCCCCGGGCCUGUUUCCUUUGCAGGUGAUGGUGAACCCCUUGGAUCUCCGCUUCAAGUAUCACUUCAGUGGCGACAAGCCGACAAAUAGACUCGACAAGCCGGAAUUUUUCCUCUCACAUGUCUUGGACCUCAUCAACCAGUUUGGUGGUUUUUUUACUUCAUACUUCCAGCCAAUUCUUGAUGAAAAGGCCCAGUCGGCAGGCCCCAGCUUGGAAUGGAACUUUUAUAAUGCUCUGCAUGCUUUCAUCAAUGCUUUUAUGCCCAUGCUACGAGAGAAAAUCGACUCCUUUCUUCCACAGGUUUCUGACUAUCCCCAAUUGCUCAGCCAUUUCAUCCACGAAUUAAUGAAUUUUGAUAACGAGCUUCGGGAAACUUGGAACUACUUACCAGACCCAUAUUCUGAUGGAAACUGGAAGGGUAUGACUGGGGAGGUUCUGGCUAAACAAGGAUGGUAUGAUCGCUGGCUUCAGGUUGAGAAGGAUUUCGCUCUGGCUAGAUACAAGGAUAUCAUCGACACUGCCGACAGUGGCCAGAUUGACUACGAUGGCGUCGAGCCAACCGCGACUAAACCAACAAAGGCCGCAAUUCGAGUCAAUGAUCUUCUUGAAACCAUUACAGAACGUUACCAGCCAUUAUCUUCCUUCAGCCAGAAGCUUCGAUUUCUUAUCGACAUUCAAAUCACAAUUUUCGAUCAAUUCCACGAGCGGCUCCAUUCUGCCCUGGAGGCAUAUCUUGCUAUGACCUCUACGUUAGGUCGGACUGUGCGAGGAGCAGACGGACAGGCUAGUGUAGAAGACGUUGCAGGCCUAGAGCGACUGUGCAGAGUUUUCGGAAGUGCUGAAUAUCUCGAAAAGAAGAUGGAAGACUGGAGUAACGAUGUCUUCUUCGUUGAACUCUGGUCAGAGCUUCAAGAACGAGUACGCCAGGGUGGGAAGAAUGUGGCCGGAACCAUGACUGUUGCUGAAGUAGCUGCGCGCACUUCUCCAGCAGUCAACAAUAACGGAGUAUCGAACUCAGAAAUCUCUUCUGAUGGUGCAUUGUUUGAUGAAACUGCCUCUGCCUACCGUCGACUUCGACAACGGUCAGAAUCUAUAAUUACUUCCACCCUCAUCUCGAACAUCACUGCAGCCUUGAAACCAUACUCCCGUGUAUCUACCUGGGCCACACUUUCCGUUCCCUCUGCUGGUUCCGCGGCCUCACCUCUAUCCCUAUCCUCUGACCUGGCACACGCAAUGCGCACACUGUCUUCUCAACUGGCCUUCCUGUCCAAAGCACUGGGGAUGGCGCCUCUACGAAGAGUGUCUCGCCAACUUCUACUCUCUAUACAGACUUACAUCUGGGAUCACGUCCUGACUAGAAAUACUUUCUCCGCGGCCGGUGCAAACCAGCUAGUGAGUGAUUUCGAGCAAAUAUGCAGCGUGGUUGACAACACCCUCGGCGUGGCUGGUCAUCCAGGUGGUUCCUUGUUGAUCAUGAAUAAGCUCAACGAGGGCCUGCGUCUUCUGAAUCUGAGUCCGUCAGCCAACGAACCUGGCGACGGAGCUUCCAAUGAGUCCAGUGCUACUUUAAGCUUAUGGGACGUGGAAAAAAGACUUUUCAAGGAUAAUGAAAGUGCUCGUGCUGUUCUGGUAGAGCUCGAGAUUGAUGCAUUGACUGAGGCAGAGGCGCGAUCUGUACUGGGGCACAGAGCGGAGGUUGGCAGCUAG